CUCAUCAUCUAAAGCAUGGCUGGGUUUCUCUCACACCUGGUCCAACACUGGAGAAUUCUUCCAUUGAUUAUUGUGCUAGGUCUUGGUAGUGGUUUACCAUAUGGCUACCAUAUAUCAGUGGUCAGCUCAUCAUCUUUGUUUGUCAAAGGCUUUAUCAACCAGACCUGGAUAAAAAGGUAUGGAUCAGCUGUGCCCCAAGAAACAAUCACUCUGCUGUGGUCCACAGCUAUUUCUCUCUACAGUCUUGGAGGACUGAUGGGAUCACUGGUAUCCGCGUACCUGAGCAGAAGGUUUGGAAAGAGAAGGUCUCACAUCUUCAGUGACCUUUUGGGUAUAACUGGCUCUCUGUGCCUUGGUAUUAGCAAGAUUGUAGGAUUAUAUGAAAUGAUUUUUGUGGGACGGUUUCUCUAUGGAUUCACAGCAGGUUUGGCACUUAACAUUUAUAUUCAGUAUCUUGGAGAAAUCUCUCCCCGUAACCUUCGAGGAUUCAUCAGCACAUCGGCCCCAAUCUUUGUAACAUCAGGGAAACUCUUUGGUCAACUUGUUGGACUCAGGGAGGUUCUUGGCACAGCGACAUUGUGGCCCUGGAUGCUCUCACUUUGUGGUUUUGCACAACUGCUGCAAUUAAUAGUAAUGCACUUUUAUCCAGAGACUCCUCCAUAUCUGAUAUUAGUGAAGAAAGACCAGGAUCGCUGUAUAAAAGCUAUGCACAGAAUUUGGGGGCCUGGAGACUAUCAAUCAGAGAUGAAUGAAAUUUUGUCAGUGCAGGAGAUGCACAAGAAAUCUAAAAGCAUGACUGUAAUGGAGCUGGUGAGAGAUCCAUCCCAACGUUGGCAGCUGUACGUCUUGAUUGUCAUUACAGUUACUAUUCAGAUGUCUGGCAUCAAUGCAAUUUUCUAUUAUGCAAGAAGUAUUUUUCUCACUGCUGAUUUGCCUCUGGAGAAAAUCCCCUAUAUGACUAUAGGAAUGGGAGGUUUUGAGCUUAUGGCUGUCAUUCUAUGUAGUGUGAUAACAGGACACUGCAGAAGAAAAGUCCUCCUGCUUGGGUGUUACGGCUGCAUGGCUAUGAUGCUUGCUGGUCUAACAGUCACUCUCACUUUUUCGAGCUGGGCUUCUUGGAUGCCAUAUCUCAGUGCUGUGCUCAUUUUCUUUUUCAUCUUUUUCUAUGGCUUGGGUCCAGGGACAUUAACGGUUGCAAUAAUUAUAGAGAUAUCCAAUCACAGUUCCCGAGCUGCAGUGUUUGUGAUCAUUGGUGGCCUCAACUGGAUCGGACUCUAUGUGAUAGGGAUGGUAUUUCCAUAUGUAGAGGCUGUCCUUGGCCAUUACUGUUUCCUCAUCUUUUUUGCUAAUCUUGUGGCCUCAGGAAUAUUCCUGUUUUUCUUCCUUCCGGAGACAAAGGGGAAGACAAUACAGCAAAUUACAACAGACUUCAACAGAUGGAAUUUUAAAAAUAAAAAAUGGCAGCAACCUAUAGAGUUUUCCACCAGCCUGUAGUAAACUAUUAACGACUGUCACUGGAGUGGAUAUUCCUGCCCUGUAUACAGGGUAUUGGGGAUGUCUUCAGACCCUUUCACUUUUUUCACAUUUUAUUAUAUUGCGUCCUAGAGCUAAAAAUAAAUAAAUAAAUGUUCGCCAAUCUUUUAAAAAGGAAAAACUAAAAUUUCACCUGGAAAUAAGUAUUCACACACUUUACUAUGACUCUUCAUCUUUUAGAAGGUUCUACAUUUUGAUUGGAGUCCACCUGUGGUAAAUUCAGUUAAUUGGGCAUGAUUUGGAAAGACAUACCCCUAUCUAUUUAAGGUCUUACAGCUAACAAUGCUCAUCAGAGCAAACAACCAAGCCAUGAGGAGUGAAGAACUUCCUGUAAAGAUUAGAUAUAUGUUUGUGUGGAGGCACAGAUCUGGAGAAUGGUACUAAAAAUGUAUGUUCCACAUAGAAGACGAUUGGAACAAACUGAACUAGAGCUGGCUGCCAGUCCAAACUAAGUAAUCAGGCAAGACAGAUGAGGGAAAGAAGGGUGGCUAACCUAAUUGUCACUCUGGCUGAGCUCCAAAGAUCCUAUGAACAAAUGGUAGAAUCUUCCAGAAGGUCAGCCAUCACUGCAUUCCACCAAUCUGGGCUUUAUGGCAGAGUGGCCUAAAGAGAAUACUUUCCUCAGUAAAUGACACAAGUUUGAAAAACAAAAAAAAUACUUAAAGGUUCUCUGGUCUGACGAAACCAAGACUGAACUUUUUGACCUCAACUCUAAGGCUACUUUCACACUUGCUUUAUUAAUUCUGUAUUGAGAGCCAGCAGAGGAUCUCAAUUCUGGAAUUAAACGGAUUCGUUUUGAUUUUGCACAUCAGGGUGCAUCCGUUCUGUUAGGAUGUGGUUGUGUGAAAUCAAAACGGAAAAAAAUGGAUCUGUCACUAAAUACAUUGAAAGUCAAUGGGUGACGGGUCUGUUUUUUUAGGCUCUGUCUACAUUGACAUCCAUUUUUUUCUGUUAUUAUGACUGGACAAAAAAAACGCAACUUGCAGCGUUUUGUGUCCAGUCACAAAACAGAAUGCUGAUGGAACAGACGACAUCCUGAUGCAUCCUGAACAAAUCUCUUUCCAUUUAGAAUGCAUGAGGACUAAACGGAAACAUUUUUCCAGUAUUGAGAUCCUCUGUCAGAUCUUAAUACCGGAAAACAAUAACGCAAGUGUGAAAGUAGGCUAAGCUGAAAAUGGCUGUCUACCGAUGGGCCCCAUCCAAGCUGACAGAGAGGAUCUGCAGAUAAGAAUGGUAGAAAAUCCCCAAAUUAAGAUAUGCAAACCUUGUGGCAUCAUACCCAAAAAGACUGGAGGCUGUAAUCACUGCUAAAGGGCCUGAAUACUUAUGUCAAUGCAAGAUUUUAGUUGUUUCUCUUCAAUAAAUUAAUAAAGAUUUUGAACAUUCUGUUUUGAAAUUGACAUUAUUUGAGUAUUGAGUGCAGAAUGAUGGGGAAAUACUUGAACUUUUUAUUUUUUAUUUUAGCGCAAGGCUGCAACAUAAAAUGUGAAAAAAGUGUGUCUGAAUACUUCCUUAAUGCACUGUAUUGUGGACAGCGGUAAUGUAAAUGUUACCCUACAGUACACAUGCUUUAAGAACACAAUAUACACUAUAAAGCAUUUCUAUUAUAAAGUCACACGGCCCCAGCCUAUACACUAAUUGCGAUGUGUAGACAUAUUCAGCAUGUAAUUAUCUCACCCCUGUUAUAUCACACUCCUAGGUUAUCUUUUACGUAAUGUUCUCAGAGUAUAACUGGAAGAUGAAGUAGUGAUUGUAAUAUGAGCUUUGCAGAGAACUCUUUCUAGAUAUAGCAUUGACAUUUUCCCUCCUCUAGGAACACUUAAGGCAGAUUCUCUUAUUCUAUAUUAAAGUAUAGCUUUUAUUAGAUCAUCGGGCCAUACAAAAUUCUCAACUUAAAAAUUUGACUGCUAUAUUUAGUCAAACAUAUAAUUGACUUCGGGGUAAGUUACAGAAAUUGUGCUUCAAUGAAAAAAAAU